GCGGCUCCUUUGUUCCCGUCCGAUCUCCGGCGAGCCCGGGGCCGCCCCGGCGGGGAUGGACCGAGCGAGCGGCUCCUGCGGCGGCCGCGGCGCCCUGCGUUAAAACCUCGUUUCUCACCCCGAAAACCUCGUUUCUUACCCCGAAACGCCUCAAGAGCUCCAUCCCGUGGGCCCCGCCCCCCCGCCGGCUGAGACGAGCUCGCCCCGCCCCCCGCUGUAACCAUGGCAACCCCGGACCCACCAAUGGGCGGCACCCCCCGGCCUGGCCCCUCCCCCGGGCCCGGCCCCUCCCCCGGGGCCAUGCUUGGCCCCUCCCCCGGGCCCUCCCCCGGCUCCGCCCACAGCAUCAUGGGCCCCUCCCCCGGCCCCCCCGCGGGGGGGUACGCUCAGGACAACCUGCACCAGAUGCACAAGCCCAUGGAGUCGCUGCACGAGAAGGGCCUGGCCGAGGAUCCGCGCUACGGGCAGAUGAAGGGGAUGGGGCUGCGCAUGGGGCCGCCCCCCAGCCCCAUGGACCAGCACUCGCAAGGUUACCCGUCCCCGCUGGGCGGCUCGGAGCACGCCUCCAGCCCGGUGCCGUCCAACGGCUCGUCCUCGGCCGCGGCGCUGGAGGCCGGGGACGCGCUGGGGCAGGCGCCGCGCGGCCCCACGCCGUUCAACCAGAGCCAGCUGCACCAGCUGCGCGCGCAGAUCAUGGCCUACAAGAUGCUGGCGCGGGGGCAGCCGCUGCCCGAGCACCUGCAGCUGGCGGUGCAGGGCAAGCGGCCCCUGCCCGGGAUGCAGCAGCAAAUGCCGUCGCUACCUCCGCCCGCCGGCUCCGCGCCGGCACAGGGACCCGCGCCCGGCAGCGGCCCCGGCCCCGCGCCGCCCGGGUACAGCAGACCUCACGGUAUCGGGGGGCCCAACAUGCCGCCCCCCGGCCCCUCAGGAGUCCCCCCCGGGAUGCCGGGACAGCCCCCCGGGGGCCCCCCCAAGCCCUGGCCCGAAGGCCCCAUGGCGAACGCGGCCGCCCCCACGAGCGCCCCGCAGAAGCUGAUCCCCCCGCAGCCCACGGGCCGCCCGUCGCCGGCGCCCCCGGCCGUGCCGCCGGCCGCCUCGCCGGUGAUGCCGCCGCAGACGCAGUCGCCGGGGCAACCGGCGCAGCCCGCGCCCAUGGUGCAGCUGCACCAGAAACAGAACCGCAUCACCCCCAUCCAGAAACCCCGCGGGCUCGACCCGGUGGAGAUCCUGCAGGAGAGGGAGUACCGGCUGCAGGCUCGCAUCGCCCACCGCAUCCAGGAGCUGGAGAACCUCCCCGGCUCCCUGGCCGGCGACCUGAGAACCAAAGCGACCAUCGAACUGAAAGCGCUGAGGCUGCUCAACUUCCAGCGCCAGCUGCGCCAGGAGGUGGUGGUGUGCAUGCGGCGCGACACGGCGCUGGAGACGGCGCUCAACGCCAAGGCGUACAAGCGCAGCAAGCGGCAGUCGCUCCGCGAGGCCCGCAUCACCGAGAAGCUGGAGAAGCAGCAGAAGAUUGAGCAGGAGCGGAAGCGGCGACAGAAGCACCAGGAAUACCUCAACAGCAUCCUCCAGCACGCCAAGGACUUCAAGGAGUACCACCGCUCGGUGGGCGCCAAGAUCCAGAAGCUCACCAAGGCCGUGGCCACCUACCACGCCAACACCGAGCGCGAGCAGAAGAAGGAGAACGAGCGCAUCGAGAAGGAGCGGAUGCGGCGCCUCAUGGCGGAGGAUGAGGAGGGCUACCGCAAGCUCAUCGACCAGAAGAAGGACAAGCGGUUGGCGUAUCUGCUGCAGCAGACGGACGAGUACGUGGCCAACCUGACGGAGCUGGUGCGGCAGCACAAGGCGGCCCAGGUGGCCAAGGAGAAGAAGAAGAAGAAGAAGAAGAAGAAGGCGGAGAACGCGGAGGGGCAGACGCCGGCGAUUGGGCCGGACGGCGAGCCGCUGGACGAGACGAGCCAGAUGAGCGACCUGCCGGUCAAGGUGAUCCACGUGGAGAGCGGCAAGAUCCUGACCGGCAGCGACGCGCCCAAGGCCGGGCAGCUGGAGGCCUGGCUGGAGAUGAACCCGGGGUACGAGGUGGCUCCCAGGUCGGACAGCGAGGAGAGCGGCUCGGAGGAGGACGAGGAGGAGGAGGAGGAGGAGCAGCCCCAACCCGCUCAGCCCGUGGAGGAGAAGAAGAAGAUCCCGGAUCCCGACAGCGACGACGUGUCCGAGGUGGACGCCAGACACAUCAUCGAAAACGCCAAGCAGGACGUGGACGAUGAGUACGGGGUGUCGCAGGCGCUGGCGCGGGGGCUGCAGUCCUACUACGCCGUGGCCCACGCCGUCACCGAGCGCGUGGACAAGCAGUCCGCGCUCAUGGUCAACGGCGUCCUCAAGCAGUACCAGAUCAAAGGUUUGGAGUGGCUGGUAUCGCUCUACAACAACAACCUCAACGGGAUCUUGGCCGACGAGAUGGGUUUGGGCAAGACCAUCCAAACCAUCGCGCUCAUCACGUACCUCAUGGAGCACAAACGCAUCAACGGGCCCUUCCUCAUCAUCGUCCCGCUCUCGACGCUCUCAAACUGGGCCUACGAGUUCGACAAGUGGGCGCCCUCGGUGGUCAAGGUGUCCUACAAGGGCUCCCCGGCGGCCAGACGGGCGUUCGUGCCGCAGCUCCGCAGCGGCAAGUUCAACGUCCUGCUCACCACCUACGAGUACAUCAUCAAGGACAAGCACAUCCUGGCCAAGAUCCGCUGGAAAUACAUGAUCGUGGACGAGGGCCACCGCAUGAAGAACCACCACUGCAAGCUGACGCAGGUGCUCAACACGCACUACGUGGCGCCGCGGCGGCUGCUGCUCACGGGGACGCCGCUGCAGAACAAGCUGCCCGAGCUCUGGGCGCUGCUCAACUUCCUGCUGCCCACCAUCUUCAAGAGCUGCUCCACCUUCGAGCAGUGGUUCAACGCGCCCUUCGCCAUGACCGGAGAGAAGGUGGAUCUGAACGAGGAGGAGACCAUCCUGAUCAUCCGGCGCCUGCACAAGGUGCUGCGGCCCUUCCUGCUGCGCCGCCUCAAGAAGGAGGUGGAGGCGCAACUGCCCGAGAAGGUGGAGUACGUCAUCAAAUGCGACAUGUCGGCGCUGCAGCGCGUCCUGUACCGGCACAUGCAGGCCAAGGGCGUCCUGCUCACCGACGGCUCCGAGAAGGACAAGAAGGGGAAGGGCGGCACCAAGACCCUGAUGAACACCAUCAUGCAGCUGCGCAAGAUCUGCAACCACCCCUACAUGUUCCAGCACAUCGAGGAAUCGUUCUCGGAGCACUUGGGCUUCACGGGCGGCAUCGUGCAAGGGCUGGAUUUGUACCGGGCGUCGGGGAAGUUCGAGCUCCUGGACAGGAUCCUGCCCAAGCUCCGCGCCACCAACCACAAGGUGCUGCUGUUCUGCCAGAUGACGUCGCUCAUGACCAUCAUGGAGGAUUAUUUCGCUUACCGCGGCUUCAAGUACCUCAGGCUGGAUGGCACGACGAAGGCGGAGGACCGGGGGAUGCUGCUGAAGACGUUCAACGAGCCGGGCUCCGAGUACUUCAUCUUCCUGCUGAGCACCCGCGCCGGCGGGCUGGGCCUCAACCUGCAGUCGGCCGACACCGUCAUCAUCUUCGACAGCGACUGGAACCCCCACCAGGACCUGCAGGCGCAGGACCGCGCUCACCGCAUCGGGCAGCAGAACGAGGUCCGCGUGCUGCGGCUCUGCACCGUCAACAGCGUGGAGGAGAAGAUCCUGGCGGCCGCCAAGUACAAGCUGAACGUGGACCAGAAGGUCAUCCAGGCCGGCAUGUUCGACCAGAAGUCCUCGAGCCACGAGCGCCGCGCCUUCCUGCAGGCCAUCCUGGAGCACGAGGAGCAGGACGAGGAGGAGGACGAGGUUCCCGACGACGAGACCGUGAACCAGAUGAUCGCGCGGCACGAGGAGGAGUUCGACCUCUUCAUGCGCAUGGACCUGGACCGGCGGCGCGAGGAGGCGCGGAACCCCAAGCGCAAGCCGCGGCUGAUGGAGGAGGACGAGCUGCCGGCCUGGAUCAUCAAGGACGACGCCGAGGUGGAGCGGCUCACCUGCGAGGAGGAGGAGGAGAAGAUGUUCGGCCGCGGCUCCCGCCACCGCAAGGAGGUGGAUUACAGCGACUCGCUCACCGAGAAGCAGUGGCUCAAGGCCAUCGAGGAGGGGACGCUGGAGGAGAUCGAGGAGGAGGUGCGCCAGAAGAAAUCCUCGCGCAAGCGCAAGCGCGACGGGGACGUGGGACCCUCGGCGCCCCCCGCCCCCGCGCGGCCCCGCGACCGCGACGACGACCCCAAGAGGCAGAAGAAACGGGGGCGCCCCCCCGCCGAAAAGCUGGCGCCGAACCCGCCCCCCCUCACCCGCCGCAUGAGGAAGAUCGUGGACGCCGUCAUCAAGUACAAGGACAGCAGCAGCGGCCGCCAGCUCAGCGAGGUUUUCAUCCAGCUGCCCUCGCGCAAGGAGCUGCCCGAGUACUACGAGCUGAUCCGCAAACCCGUCGACUUCAAGAAGAUCAAGGAGCGCAUCCGCAACCACAAGUACCGCAGCCUCAACGACCUGGAGAAGGACGUGAUGCUGCUGUGCCAGAACGCGCAGACCUUCAACCUCGAGGGCUCGCUGAUCUACGAGGACUCCAUCGUGCUGCAGUCGGUGUUCACCAGCGUGCGGCAGAAGAUGGAGAAGGAGGAGGAGAGCGAGGGGGAGGAGAGCGAGGAGGAGGAGGAGCCCGAGGAGGACGGCUCCGAGGCCGAGGCGCGCUCGGUCAAGGUCAAGAUCAAGCUGGGCCGCAAGGACAAGGCGCCCGAGCGGCUCAAGGGCCGGAGGCGCCCGGGCCGCGGCUCCCGCGCCAAACCCGUGGUGAGCGACGACGACAGCGACGACGAGCAGGACGAGGAUCGCUCCGGCAGCGGCACCGAGGACGAUUGACCCCGAGUGACCCCGCGUGCCCCCCUGGGGUCCUAGUGCCCCCCGCCCCGGACCACGGAUCAACCUCCUGCUAUUUAUACACCGGGAACCGGCACGGACCGCGGCGCCGGCUCCGCUUCCGGUGCCGCUUCUUCCUCCCGGUUCCGGUUCCUCCGGUUCCCCCCCCCCGACCCCCCCGCGGUGCCGGUGCCGCUGUCGAUGUCACUGGAUUUCGAACCGAUCAAUAAAUUAAACCCACCAGA